GGAUGUAGAGUUUUAUAUCCGGAUUGUUAGCGCGGACGCAGAUACCAGUUUUCCCCUACGCGCUCUGCACAUGCGCUGCGGGUUUUUCCUUCUUCCACUUCCACUGUAUUUCCCUGUCCAGGGAGCCGCCGCCACCGCCGCGGAGGAGUCGGGAAGUUCAAGAUGGCCGCUGCAGAGACUCAGGCGUUGCGAGAGCAGCCAGAGAUAGAAGAUGCUGAUAAUUCUGAAAAGAGUAUAAAUGAAGAAAAUGGAGAAGUAUCAGAAGACCAGUCUCAAAAUAAACAUAGUCGUCACAAAAAAAAGAAACAUAAACACAGAAGUAAACAUAAGAAACAUAAACAUUCCUCAGAAGAAGACAAAGAUAAAAAACAUAAACAUAAACAUAAACAUAAGAAGCACAAAAGAAAAGAAGUUAUUGAUGCUUCUGACAAAGAAGGUAUGUCUCCAGCAAAAAGAACUAAACUUGAUGAUUUAGCUUUGCUAGAAGACUUGGAAAAACAGAGAGCCUUGAUUAAAGCUGAACUUGAUAAUGAAUUAAUGGAGGGAAAGGUCCAGUCUGGGAUGGGGCUUAUUUUACAAGGUUAUGAGUCUGGCUCUGAAGAAGAAGGGGAGAUUCACGAAAAGGCAAGAAAUGGAAAUAGAUCUAGUACUAAAUCUUCAAGUACAAAGGGGAAACUUGAACUUAUGGACAAUAAAAAUAGUACAAAAAAACGAAGUAAAAGCAGAUCCAAAGAACGGACUAGACAUAGGUCUGAUAAAAAGAAAAGUAAGGCAGGUAUUGAAAUCAUUAAAGAGAAAACAACUAGAAGCAAGUCAAAGGAGAGGAAAAAGUCCAAAAGCCCAUCCAAAAGAAGUAAAUCACAAGAUCAAGCCAGAAAAUCAAAGUCCCCUACCCUUCGACGUCGAUCUCAAGAAAAAAUUGGAAAGGCUAGAUCUCCUACUGAUGAGAAAAUUAAAAUUGAAGAUAAAAGUAAGAUGAAAGAUAGAAAAAAAUCCCCAAUUGUCAAUGAAAGUAGAAGUCGUGAUCGAGGUAAAAAGUCCAGAUCCCCAGUUGACUUCAGCAGUAAAUCCAAAGAUAGAAGGUCAAGGUCCAAAGAGAGGAAAUCGAAAAGAUCUGAAACUGAUAAAGAAAAAAAGCCAAUAAAAUCUCCUUCUAAGGAUGCUUCCUCUGGAAAAGAAAACAGGUCACCCAGUAGAAGACCUGGUCGUAGUCCUAAAAGAAGAAGUUUGUCUCCAAAACAACGGGAUAAAUCAAGAAGAAGUCGAUCUCCACUUCUAAAUGAUAGAAGAUCUAAGCAGAGCAAAUCACCAUCUCGAACUCUGUCUCCUGGAAGAAGAGCCAAGAGCCGAUCCUUGGAUAGAAAGCGAAGAGAACCAGAGAGAAGACGACUUUCUUCUCCAAGAACACGACCUCGAGAUGAUAUACUGAGUAGACGUGAAAGAUCAAAAGAUGCCAGCCCAAUCAAUAGGUGGUCUCCAUCCCGAAGAAGAACAAGUAGAUCUCCCAUUAGAAGGAGGUCCCGUUCUCCACUAAGACGUAGCAGGUCUCCAAGAAGAAGAAGCAGGUCUCCCCGGAGGAGGGAUAGAGGUCGGAGGAGCAGAUCACGCUUGAGAAGGAGAUCUCGAUCACGGGGUGGUCGUAGACGAAGGAGCAGAAGCAAAGUAAAAGAAGACAAAUUUAAAGGAAGUCUUUCAGAAGGAAUGAAGGUUGAGCAAGAGUCUUCAUCUGAUGAUAACCUUGAAGAUUUUGAUGUGGAGGAAGAAGAUGAGGAAGCUCUAAUAGAACAGAGAAGAAUACAAAGGCAGGCAAUUGUUCAGAAAUAUAAGUAUCUUGCUGAAGACAGCAAUAUAUCUGUGCCAUCUGAACCAAGCAGUCCCCAAAGCAGUACCAGAACACGGUCACCUUCUCCAGAUGAUAUCCUAGAGAGGGUAGCUGCUGAUGUCAAAGAGUAUGAACGGGAAAAUGUUGAUACGUUUGAAGCUUCAGUGAAAGCGAAGCAUAAUCUAAUGACAGUUGAACAGAAUAACGGUUCAUCUCAGAAGAAGCUGUUAGCACCUGAUAUGUUUACAGAAUCUGAUGAUAUGUUCGCUGCAUAUUUUGAUAGUGCUCGUCUUCGAGCUGCUGGCAUUGGAAAAGAUUUCAAAGAGAAUCCUAACCUCAGAGAUAACUGGACUGAUGCUGAAGGCUAUUAUCGUGUGAACAUAGGUGAAGUCCUAGAUAAGCGUUACAAUGUAUAUGGCUACACUGGGCAAGGUGUAUUCAGUAAUGUUGUAAGAGCCAGAGAUAAUGCAAGAGCCAAUCAAGAAGUGGCUGUAAAGAUCAUCAGAAACAAUGAGCUCAUGCAAAAGACUGGUUUGAAAGAACUAGAGUUCUUGAAAAAACUUAAUGAUGCUGAUCCUGAUGACAAAUUUCAUUGUCUUCGACUCUUCAGACACUUUUAUCAUAAGCAGCAUCUCUGUCUCGUGUUUGAGCCUCUCAGUAUGAAUUUACGAGAAGUAUUAAAAAAGUAUGGUAAAGAUGUUGGUCUUCACAUUAAAGCUGUCAGGUCCUAUAGCCAACAGUUGUUCCUGGCAUUGAAACUUCUUAAAAGAUGCAAUAUCCUGCAUGCCGACAUUAAGCCAGACAAUAUCCUGGUUAAUGAAUCAAAAACCAUUCUAAAGCUUUGCGACUUUGGGUCGGCUUCCCAUGUUGCGGAUAAUGACAUAACGCCGUAUCUUGUCAGUAGAUUUUAUCGUGCUCCUGAGAUCAUUAUAGGCAAAAGCUAUGACUAUGGUAUAGACAUGUGGUCUGUAGGUUGUACCUUAUAUGAACUCUAUACUGGAAAAAUUUUGUUUCCUGGCAAAACAAAUAACCAUAUGUUGAAGCUUGCCAUGGAUCUCAAAGGAAAGAUGCCAAAUAAGAUGAUUCGGAAAGGUGUAUUUAAAGACCAACAUUUUGAUCAAAACCUCAACUUCAUGUAUACAGAAGUCGAUAAAGUAACAGAGAGGGAGAAAGUUACUGUCAUGAGCACCAUUAACCCAACUAAGGACCUGUUGGCUGAUUUGAUUGGGUGCCAGCGACUUCCUGAAGACCAACGUAAAAAAGUACACCAGCUAAAGGACUUGUUGGACCAGAUUCUAAUGUUGGACCCAGCCAAACGAAUUAGCAUCAACCAGGCCCUACAGCAUGCAUUCAUCCAGGAAAAAAUUUAAAAUGAGAUGAAGAAACUCCAAGGGUUUGAGUAAUUAAAUACAAAGACUGAAGAAAUUUCACAGCAGUUUAUUAUUAAUGUAUAUAAACUUAUAAAUAUAUUUCUCCAGCAAAUUUGAGGAAGCAUGAUAUAUUUGAAUUAACACCAAGGGUGAUACUCCUUUUAGAAAUGCUAGUUAAUUGUUUUGUGUCUUAUGUGAAAUUUCACUAUUGAACUGUUUAAUUGGCAAGACUGCACAAAGUUACAGUACUAAUGUAUAUGGUUGCAGUUCCCAUAAAAGACAAAAGCAUCUGUUUCGAGUAGUAAUAUUGGGUGGUUGAUUUGUUAGCAGACUUGGCUUCAUUUUGGUCUUCGGAUACAAUGGCCAGCAUAAAUGCUGUUUAUAUUCACGUUUUCCUAGGUGUGUGUGUGCAGGCCACAGCAGCAUGCCCUUGGUGUAGUCAGUGCCGAAGGGGGUCUGUUCCUUCUUGAGCCUGCCUGCAGGGAUGGUCUCCUCUUUUAAAGCAGGUUGUGUACAACAUUCAGUACACUGAAGGUAAGCUAAACCAUCAACAUCACUGGUGUUUUAAGAUGUUAUUUUAUUGGAAUAAUAAUUGACAAAUGAGGGAUAUUAGCUUUGUGGCAGAAUUCCCUGCAUGUUUGAUAACUGAUCUUGUUUUAUUUUUUUGGCAUUGCAACUGUGGCAUACUUACAAUUUCUGUUCUGUUCAUCACAUGUAAAAUUUGAAGAGUACGCGCUUGAUGGGUAGAGCGCCUUCAGUGUACUGUUUCUUAUUUCCUUUUUUAAAAUCAACUUGCUAUAGACUUUCUAUACAUUUUGUUAAAUACAGUUCCUAGCAACAUAGAAACAAUGCAGUUUUCAUUUACUAAUUACAAAUGUUGAGGCCUGCUUCUGAAAGUCCUCAUAUUUAAAGGUUAGAUAGACAACAUAAUGAAAUUUUUAACUAUUUGUAUGUCAUUUUUGAAAGUGUACUGCUUUAUGGUAAAAAUGUUUUUCAUUUGUUCAUUGUUUUCAUUAUUUGUGAUCAUGUUGUCUUUCGAUACAGGCAUAAACCUUCCACUCUUGAACAAAGCAGCUGCUUUUUAAAAGCGGUAAUUGCUUCUUUACCUUUUAUUUCUUUUGUAAAUGAAGCUUUUCUUUAAAAAUGUGACUUUGAAGUGUUGUCUAUUGCAUAAAACAGUUGACACUCACUGUAAAGUGAAGAUUGUUCCUCUGCAUGUGGUGGACCAUGCAGGUUUCUGUAUGUUCUCAGUAUGCAUCACUAGAUAAUAAAGGCUUUUGUGAACAAGGCAUUUGUAGCCAUUUUUAAAAGAUUUUUGUCUUCAGUGCUGGUAAGUCAGGUAAACUGUAAAUAGUUAAAAGUAACCUUUAUCGUUCUCCUGAAAGUAACUGAAAGUAUUAUUUCUUAAAGACAUAGAUCUGGCCAAAAUUUAUCAUUUUAUUAAUAAUUAGGGUCCUAUACUUAUUUCAUCCCAAAAUAAGUCCUACAGAUAUUGUCAGCUUACAGUUUAGUGAGAUUAUUCCUGUAGGUUACAGGGUAUCAUUCAGGAUUUAACUAAUGUUUCUGCUAUUUUCUCACUUUUCCUUUUGAUGGUGCGGAAAGAGAAAAAGGAAAACGGGGCACAGGCCAUUCGACGCCUUCUCCAAGGGGUCUGAUUUGCUGAGACACCAGCUUCACCUUCUUAACAAGGUUAUUUCUGACAGCAUGUGUAGAUAAACAUUUAGCAACAAUUUUAAACAAAAUCAUGUAAAUCAGCUUGGUUUUGCAACACAAAGGAUUUCAUAUUUUUACCAUGGUAGAAAAGAAUUCUAAAAACCGUAUGUAAUCAUUUCUGUUUGGGGGGUAAGUUAAUGUUUUGUCUCCCUGAGGAGUAUGGAGAGCAAACAGAUUUUAGGGGUUUAAAUAAUAUUUUAAAAUUGUAAAUGGGAUUUUUUUUAUUUACCCAGGCACCUAAUUACAACAAGCAUGCACAUUUUGGUGCAUUCAAGAAUGGAAAAUCAGAAUAGCAUUCUCCUGGUGGGUUUUGUUCCAUUUAAAGACAUGAAAUGAACUACACAGCCAGGAAGGUGAUAGAGAUAUAAUAAGCCACCUCUGAACCUACACCCAUCUCUUCGUGGUUUAGACUUACUAAAAUCAAUGUAAGGUGAUUUCAUCUGCAGGUCGAGUGAAGCCUUUUAAAUUAAGGCAUCACAGGUGCAGCUUCUCCACCUUAAUGACUGGAUAGUGAUUCUCCCACCAUUUCUUUAUCUGGUGAUAAUAUGCUGCGUAUUCAAAUCUUUUGUAGUUAUUUACCCUCAAAAUAGUUGAUAUUUUGAUGUUUCUGGUGGUUUUCAUGGCUUCAUUUUAUGUAAUUAUUUAGUAAGUUAACUUCCACUAGAAACAGUUCAUGCCUCAGAACUAUUAGUCAUUCUUUAAAAAACAAAGUUGCUUGUUACUUGUUCUUUGUGUUUUAGGUGCAGCUCAGUGGAAGAUGAUGACAACCAGAAGACAUGAGCUCAGAUCUGCAUUCCUACUACUCUGCUUUACUUGUACUUCCUCAUCAUUCAUAAGCAGAAAGCUAAAAGAACUCUGAAGUGAAACAAAGUAAUUAAAAUUUAGGCCAAACAUUUAAAUACUGGAGAUACAAAACCAUAUCAUCAAAUUUGUAAUUUCCCUCCUUUAGUUAUGACACCAUUAACAAUUGGGCUCCACUAUGAGUAUACUUUUAAUAGUGUGUUAGUGCCAGCAUAAAUUCAUGGCUGUUUUUUACAUGUCAGUGAUAUACACAAAAUUGACAGUAUAAUGUUUUUCAGUUACUUUGAGAUAUUGUGGAUUUCUUACUUUUUCUUCUUCUGUAUAUAGGGUAAGGGACUGUUCUUCUGAAGAAUCUUUCCAUUUAGUGGUCAAGAUACAGAAGCUGGUCUCUGAAAGUGCUCACUGUGUAUCCCAAUUGUCCUUGGUAGCAUUUGAAUUGUAACUUGGAUUUAAACAACUUAUGUUCCCAAAUGACUUAUGGGUAAGCUCAAUAAAGAAGCCUCUUGGUAACA